AUGGAGGAAACAAAUUUAACUAGUGUAGAGUUCGGAAUGGGAGAAUCAAGUAUUAUUAGAAGUGAAAUUAUAGUCAAUACUGUAAAUGCUCCUAAACCACUACUAGGAAUGAAGUUUAAUAGUUAUGAAGAACCUUUUAACUAUUAUAACUCUUAUGCAUUAUUGAUGGGUUUUGGAAUACGGAAGAGUAUGGUAAAUUACUCUCGCAAGACUAGAGAAGUGGUAGACAGAAAGUUUAUUUAUGAUAAGGAUGGCUAUAGAUCUAGUAGAGACAAGAUAGAGAUCCCUUUUUGGCGAGAGACCCGAGUGGGAUGUAAGGUAAUGAUGCGAGUUAAAUUAUUGGAGGACAAAUCAUGGGAGGUCACGUGGUUUGUUGAAGAAUAUACAAAUCAUUUGUUGAGUAGUCCAGACAAAGCAAAAAUGCACAGAUCACAUCAACAAUUCUCUAAAACUCAAAGAUUAAAACUUAUUGAUAGUCUGCGAGAAGAAGAACUAAUAAGUUCAGUCUUCUAUUUGCAAUUCAGUGAUGUUAUUGUGUUUGAUGUGACAUACAGAACUAAUAAGUUCAGUCUUCCAUUUUCUUCAUUUACUGGUGUAAAUCACCAUAGGCAGUCCACUUUACUUGGUUCUGCAUUAUUAACUGAUGAACAUGAAGAUACCUUUAUGUGGUUAUUUCAAGAAUGCCCGAAAUACAUGCAUGGGGUUGAAACAGGUGCUAUUAUAACAGAUUAG